AUGGCAGAGUCUAUAGCGGCGAGCGUGAUACAUACGCUACCUCGCCAUAUCACCGGGAAGGGCAAGGCGCCACUUGUGCAGGCUGUGAAAUCGGCGAGCAGGCCUUCUCUCGCAAAGAACUUUUUCACGCCUAUUCCUCGCCGAGCUAUGGACCAGACGCCAGCCGACCAGACUCCUUUGGACAGUGUCCUUGAUUACCGCGCGUGGGCAUACCCUAUGUCGAAGCAGUGUGUAUGGAGUGAAGACGGUUCAAUGCGUUCCCUGCUGCUCACGGAGCUAUUGCCCAAACCUGCCCAUCCGGCUGGCCGACGGGCAAGAAGGGCGUCACAAUCUAGUAGAGCUCGGUCAAGAAAACUAAGUAGUCUGUCAAGCCCAGUGGACCGUUCCAAGUUCUCUACCAGUGCACCGGUGCACGCUCAACUUCAACCGAAACCUCACAUCCCGCUUGCCCACCGGAAACCAGAAGAGGAUUUUGACUCCAAGUCAGCUUUGUCACGAUUCAGGGAACAUCUAAAGACUCGUGCAAAGACAAAUAAGGAGCUACAGUCUCUUCAAACGAUCUACGAGCAGGCAAGGAACGAAGGCGCCUUUUCCUCGCUGCCGCAUCCCGAAUUGUUGGACCUUGCGAGUGAUUUUGCCAACUUUAUUGAUCAUCUUUGUGCAGAUCAGGUGCAUGCGGAUGUCAUUGAAAGAUGGGGCUUGAGACUUCAGGAAUUGCUAGAAUAUCUGCCCUCAGGGUCGACACCGACACCAAAUGACGACUUUAGAAACUCGUUAUCCAGUCGUGCGUGGUCAUAUGUUGGAGACCUCUAUAAAGCAGAGCAGUAUAUUCGUCGAUCUCCGGUGCCAACGCCCCCAAGGUUCACCAACCAUCUGACCGAUUUUCAACGCGCUUCCCUGUCGUACAUCUUGUCUUUCAGCAGACAUAAAGAUCUGUAUCAUGCCCUACACUAUGCUUUCGUUUUGCGACCUUCUUAUUUUUCUGGCGUGUCCGAUAAUACUCUAUUUCAAACCAUGAUAAUACGGUCUCUCAGUCUACUGGAUGUACCUGCGUUGGCCUCGAAAUGGCCAAAAGAAGCGUAUAAUACGAUGGUCAUUGAAGUGGUAAAAGCGUGCAAUGUGCACAACGAGUUCAAGAAAUCAAUACAUUUCCUCGAAUACCAAAUGCACCCGCAGAUCUAUACAUCACCCAUUAUGCUUCGCACAGUUUCAGGCCUCGCGACUAGCGGCAAUAUCAAACAUGCGCAACGGUUAUAUGAUAUGAUUCCGUCAGGAGUUGUGCCCGAGGACAACAGUAUUAAACUGCUACUUCGAGCGCGUGGGUCAGAUUUUGCGUCUGCUGAAGACAUGCUUGCUAAACGAGACCCCGGGAAGAUAUCUGACGCACAAAUAUCCCAUGUGCUGUAUCCAUACGCAGAACGCGGCAUGGUCAGGGAAUUGGAAGCCGUCUUUGACCGAUUUUUUCCUCUAGGUCCGGAUGGUGUGCGCACGAGGAAGCCCAACGUCUUUCAUUAUAGUACUGUUGUGCAGGCUUACGCCAGGAAGGGAGACGCGGAUGGUUUGGGCGCGUUGUUGGAGGAUAUGCGUGUUUCUGAGGUCGAGCCCAACAUUCAGUUGAUGACGAACAUUCUCUCCAUCUAUAGGAAGAAAGGCGAUAUCGCAGGCGCUCUCAAUACGUACCAGUACAUGCGCAGGAUUGGUCUAAGCCUGGACACUGUUGUCUAUACUGUCGUCAUCGCUCUUCUUGCCAAUGCAAAGGAUAGCGUGACUGCCGCCCAAAUCUACAUGCAAGCAAUUGACGAUGGCAUCGUUCCCGAUGACACAAUGACCAAUGCCCUUAUGAACGCCUACGUCGAGACCGGCACAUUGAAGGAAGCCGUUGCCAUUUUUCAUCAUUUAACUGCCUUGGACGCCGACUUGCUUCCACCUAUCGACACUUUCAACACCAUUCUGAAAGGUUAUGUCCUGUAUGGAGCUCCUUUUCGCCUCAUCUCCAAGCUAUUCUUCAAAUUGCAGAAAGUUGGUGCCAAACCGAAUACGUACACCUUUGCAACAUUGGUUCUAAGUGCAACUGAUGCCGGAGAACUCGAUAUUGCCCAUGGGAUCUACGAAGAGAUGAAAAACAUCGAGGAAGAAAGCCAGACCAGCCUUAUCUCUGAACACGUCCUUACUAUCUUAUUAUCGGCAUAUCUCCAACGACGUAUCAUGGAUAAAGCGAGAGAUAUUUUGAACGAGAUGACUGAACGGGGCCACCCUCCCACUCCAGUUACAUAUCGGGCUAUCAUCGCUUCAUACGGCGGAAAGCACUGGGAAAGUAAAAUGCAGAUAGCAGAGGAAUUCGUCAAGAAGGUGCAGCAGGAAGAACAUGUGGAUACCAACUACCAAAAGAGGCCGUCUUUGGUGCAUUUCUACAUGCCUCUUAUCGUCCAAUACUGCAACAAGGGGAAUGUUGCUGAAGUGGAGCGACUCUAUACGGCAUACCUUGAUGCAGGAGGCGAGCCUAGUUAUGUGCUUCUUGAGCAUCUUCUUCGAUGCUAUUGGCAAGCAAACGACGUCCAAAAUGUUAUGGCGGUAUGGCAGGUCAUCCGGGAGCUAGCUGAAAGCGAGACUAUUGACGAUGGUGUUGAAUCUGGCAGUAAAAUGGAAACACCGUUCGGAAAGAUUCACUUUUCGCUAUCCAUGUUUAUCGAUAUCAUGUCCAAGUCUGGCUUGCACGCAGAAGUCGCUAAAGCUUGGUCAGAUCUUCAACGGAGUGGAUUCGAGUUUGACUCUCAUAACUGGAACCAUUUGACUGUGGCCCUGAUCCGCGCGGGCCAGGUUGAACGCGCCUUCGAAGUCGUUGAAACCAUUCUCCUGCCACGUGGAAGAGAAGUGAUCGAGGCUGCGGAGCUACUGCAGUCACAGGAACUUCCAGACUUGAGCGCCAAAUUGCAGAUCGCGGAGAGUAUCGAUCCCACUCCGGCUGAACCGCCUCUGCGCGAUCGUAAAAAGCGAACUCAGGUCGUCUCCGAGGACAAGCUCCAGCGCUUCCGUCAGGUUGGUCUGGUAGAAGACGAUGAAGCUAUCGAUGCAGAUUUCGUGUACCCUCUCCAAAUCCUCCAAAUCAUCUCUCCGCAAUUUAACACAUGGCGACCGCAUACAGUCGUCUUGCGGACGUUGCUUAUUGUUGUUCUCCAGUUGCAACGAGGCUACCCAAUCAGACCUAUCAGGACCGGCGAAGUUUUCCAAAAUAACGUGUCCGGGUCCGAGAUGACCGAGCAAGACUUCACUGCCACCGAAGAGACGCUACAUGCCAUCUACACAAAAUACCCCGAAACAAGUUUGAGAGUGCGCAACUUCCAAGCCAGGGAAACACAACGAAUCAGCAAGGAGAGCUUCGACGCAAUUUAUUUGAGGCGCUAA